AUGAUAAGUUGGUGCUCAUCUUUUUGGUAUAAGACAUGCUGUUCACAUUGCUGCAGUAAGGAGAAAUGCAACAAUUCUGAAUCAUGUGAUUGCUGUGGAGAAUUUCGAUGGUAUUUGCAUUCUAUGGAAAACUAUGAUGACCAUAAAUACAAACAAUGGUGCUGCGCUAGGUUAAACAGAUAUUGCUUCCAGUGCUGCAAGGAAUGUGAUUCAGAUAUGUUACGUUGUUGCUGGAUUUAUGUUUUUAUUCAAGGAAUAGCAUUCAUUGCAUUGGCGCCUUUUAUUGCAAUUUCUCUCUGCUGUCAUACAUGUUAUCCUUGUGAUGAUGCAGAAGAACAAUGGGAAAAUGAUACAGCAGCUAUUAUUGAUUCAGAAGAAUAUGAUCAAUUAUCAACAAGAAGAAAAAUUGAUGAAAUUAGAAACAAAAAGACUUCUGAAGUUGUUGCACCAGUUGCAGAAACACCAAUUAAUGUAUAA